GACUACGGAUGAUGGUUUUAAUAGCAUUGUCAGCGAAGCAAAAAAGUACUACUGAUGUGGUUAUAGAAAGAACAGACAAUUUAUUGCGUUGAACAGUUUGAUAGAAAUUACGAUAUUGGACUAGACCUAGUCCGUAACAGUGGGUGACUGAACAUUUUGUCACCGCGCUUGUAUCAGCUGGCGCACCAUGUUUUUGGCCAUGGAAUGAUUCUGUGCUUUUCCUCACACGAAUACCAGAUGUACCGAAAUGACAUAUGUGUUGAUAUAGGAUGGCCUCAAAUUAUUCGUGGAAGAAGGCAUGGCUGGAUCUCAUCACCUUCAACAAGAGGUUCCGCGACUACAGCAGAAACUUUUCUUCGUUUUUAUCUUUGCUGUGGUUUGUGCGUCGCUGUACUUUUUCCUCUCCGGCUUCUGUGAUUCUAGUUUAAUGGACACUGCGAAAUACUUGAGGCAAACCUCUAAGCUUUUGCCUUUAACGCAACUGUUCCAAAGAAAGAAUGCCACGGUUGAGAAAACGGUAACAGAUUUCGGUUUGUCCACGUCGUCUCUCAUCCGCAGCCCAGGUGUGCCAGGCGCGCAUAUAGACAAUGUUGGUAAAGACUGGGCGGCAACCAGGAGACUACCCCAAGCAAUCAUCAUAGGCGUGAAAAAGGGCGGAACCCGAGCUCUCCUGGAAUUCCUAAGACUUCACCCCGAUAUUCGAGCUCUUGGCUCUGAACCCCACUUUUUCGACAGACAUUACUCACGUGGGCUGAAUUGGUACAGAACUGUCAACUUAUCAGGGAGAACCGCACUGCUGAUGUUACGGAGCAUGAUGCCCAGAGCUCUGGAGGGCCAGGUGGUCCUAGAGAAGACCCCCAGAUAUUUUGUGACAGCGGAGAGCCCUGGCCGGAUCCAUACCAUGUCCAAGGAGGUCAAACUGAUUGUUGUGGUGCGUGACCCUGUAACCAGGGCCAUCUCUGACUACACCCAAAUUGUAUCCAAGACUCCAGGUGUGCCCACUUUUGAGACACUGACAUUCCGAAACGGAACUGAGUCGGAAUUAGAGGUUGACACCUUGUGGAGCCCCAUCUCAAUUGGCCUAUACGCUCUGCACCUAGAGAGAUGGCUGGCCUACUUCCCCCUGGAGCAGAUCCACUUUGUUCACGGGGAGAGACUGGUGAGUGACCCUGCUGGAGAGGUCGGUAGAGUCCAGGAGUUUCUGGGCCUUCAGAAAAUCAUCACAGAUAAACACUUCUACUUCAACAAGACAAAGGGUUUCCCUUGCCUAAAGAAACCAGAGGGCAGCAGCAAGCCCCACUGCCUGGGACAAACCAAGGGCAGGCCCCAUGCGAACAUUCACCCUCAGGUCAUCCACAGGUUACACCAGUUCUACCAGCCACACAAUCUCCGGUUCUACCAGAUGACAGGGCAGGACUUUGGCUGGUAGGCUGGUACGGUCCUUACCAUUCUAAAAACUGUCAAUACAAAGAGGAUAGUUUGUGUAUUUUGCUAAGGGUUUCACAUGAAACCUGUAUAGGCAAAAUAAGUCAAACCUGUCUCACUUUAUGUUAUGACAGUUAAACCUCAAGAAGCCCUAGUAAUGAAACACUAUGUAACACCGUGGACAUGUAGUAGGAAGAGACAACAACAUCCAUGGUUGGGAAGCAGGUCCUUAAUGCUACCGUGGACAUAUCCUUUCCUCCAAUAGAGUAGAAGUCUUCUACUGGCUGUCCCAAUAUAGUAUACCUGACACCCAAACCAGGUCCAUUGACUUUGGGUCUGAAAUUUGAACAUUGCCUUUGUGUACUUGUUGAGUAUUGUUUGAUGGUCAUUUGGUCUUUGGUCGAUGUAGCUACAGUUGAUAAACUACAGGUAGGACCUGACACAGCUCUGUAUAGCAUGUAGCGUAGUAAUUUAACCAGAUUAUUUAUUUGGCUGAUUAGUAUAAUGUGUUUGGUCAAUUGGGUGAUUUAGAUCCAAUAUGGUCUGUUCUGUUUUUUUUGGGGUCCGUUCAGAUUUUGGUCCCCAUAGAAAAAGGAUUAGGGAGCAUUGCAUCCUCUGGGGUUGAAGUGUGAUUGUCCUUGAGUCUUUGGACAAUCAUCAUGCUAAUGUUUUGUGUAGUCAGAUGUUUUACUGUUUUACCGUUUAACAAGUUAUUAACCGAUUUUAGCGAUAGAAAGGACAAAUCAUCCCUUCAGCAAAAUCCAAGACAAAUAGACAGAUACUUAAAACAGACACUUGAAACACAAUUUUCAGUGAGUCUUGUUUUGGUCAAUGUCUGUACUGCAGACUGGAUUCACAUGCAUUUUAAUUUGCAUGUGAAUUAAUUGAAAUAUUCACACAGGUGGUAAAGCACAUUUACUCACGAUAAGAAUCCAAGACACGUUCAUGAAAGGUAUUCUCCAUCAUUUCUGACACAGUUUGUAUUUAAUACAUUUUUGGUGCUAUUUAUGAGUACUGCCUUCUCCUUCACUAAAUUCUGAAGCAAAAAAUUAUCCAGCUUUCUUUUGAGCACAUACAUACAAAAAUAAUGUCAUUGUCUCAUUUAAACCUCUUAUCCCUACAACAGACACUUUCCAGGAAAUGUUUCCCCAUUAACAAAGAUGCAAUUAUAAAACCUCAGAAAUUAUUUUCAAUUAAUUUUAUUGGUCCUACUGUCAUGAAAAU